CAUGAGUCUGAGUUGAUCGAAGGGCUUUUGUUUGCCUUGGAUAUUGUUUUCGUGCUGGGAAUGCGUGAGUUCUGCCAAAACGCUUGAUGGCGGCUCCAUGCAGCUUUCAGCGACCCAGACAACAGCGCCUUGACUUGGCUUGGAUGGACAGCCGGAAGUGAUGGAGAGAUGAUGUCCAGGCAGUGCCAAAGAAUCCCCUUUUGGAGUGUAGUUUUGCUUCACAACCUGUCCCAGAUCCUGUCUGGACUGAUAGCGUUGGACAUCAUCGUUGCAGCCAUGAACAACGGAGAGGACGUGUGCAACGAGUCUUCGGAGGUCUAUGACCUCGCAGCCUGCGAGAGCUCGGUGUCCCAUGCCACGAGGGCGAACGCGGGGUUCCAAUUCUUUGGCGGCAUCAUGAGCGUCUUGACGAUUCCCAUGGUCGGAGAUGCAGCCGACAGGUUCGGACGAAAGCCACUCUUCGUGCUCGCGUUAGUGCUGGCAGAGGCACCCGAAUUGAUACACAGCUGGUGCUUGGCAGGUGCCUUCGCUGCUUCUUCUGUGCGUUUCCUGCCUCAACCUCUCCAUCUACGCAUUCCUUGCGGCCUCCAUAGUCGACCAGGUGGUGCCAAUGCCAACUCUCUUCUCGCUUUGGAUCAACGACUGCACUGCGCAAAACGAUCGCGUCAAGAUCUAUGCGCGCCUGUCUGCCUUCCAAAGCAUGGAGGGCAUCGUUGUACCUCUUGCUGCCAAACUUCUCAGUGGGAAGACAGCAGUGCUGCUGCUGGUGGCCCUACGUCUGGCGACCCUCCUAACAGGCUGUCAGAGCCUGUGCGGGGUUUCCUCACUGAGUCAUUGCCACAACGCAGCCCAGACAGGCUAGGGAUGUCUGAGUCUUGGGCGGCAUUUGCUACUCAUUGGAGGAACUUGCCGAAAGUCUGCGCCUUCAAAGCCACUCGCAGCAUCUUCCUGCUAGGCUUUGUUGCCACGGGAACUGGAGCUGCUACGCAGAGCAUCCUCUUACCCUUUUGCAAGGCGCGCUUUGGUCUUACGUCCAGCACUUUCGCGCCCUUGCUUACCGUGGAGACUGUGAGCAACGGCUUUGUGCAGCUCCUCAUCACCCCUCGGCUGGCCCGCUGCUGCAGCCUCCGGUGUCUCUUCGCCGUUGGUCUCUCGGUGGGCGGGCUGAACCUGCUGAACCUGGCAUUGGCGCCGAGCUUUCGCUUAAUGACAGGUUUGGCGAGCAUCGCGGGCUUUGGUUCCGUGGGAACCCCCGCCUUUCAGACGCUGACAGCGAACUUCGCUGAUCAAGCCGGUCAAGCCAGCAGCCUGCAAAGCGGAGCUGUCUUGAGCGCGCUGCAGGGAAUCCAGUCCCUGUUCCUGGUCCUCAUGCCGCCUGUAUACCAGAUGAUAUUUUCAGUCUGCCUGAGUAGUGGGUAUGCACAAGCGCCCUUUCUCCUGGCGGCCUUGUCUCAGCUGAUUUGUUUGAUGAUACUAUUGCGCUUCAAAGCCAGCCACACAGGCCUGGCCAUUCGGAGCUGUGCCCCGGGAGCUUCCCUGGCCCUGUAUCUGAAGCCCGACACUCCUAAGCAAAGGGACAUCCUGAGCGUUGGAGCGGUUCCGAACGCCAUGGCCGCGCUUGCGAGCCCCGGCUUCCGGACGCGCGCGGGAAGCUUCCCGCGCCCUGCGCGCGAGCCGCCGUCAGCGAGGGCCUCUGCCUUAAGGCUGAGCUCUGGGAGCCUCUGCCAGUCGAGCUUGCUGGCCGCUGCGGUUGGAAGAAGGGGCGUUUCGGGCCGGGCUCCGCGCCGGAGAGCGAUCUUCCAGCCGGAGGGGCAAGAGGAGGCCUGGCAAAGCUUCAUCGCGGUGGAGGAGCUGGAGGGCAAAGGCUUCGGAGUGGUGGCCACGCGGCGGCUGCGGCGCGGGGAGCUGGUGCUGCGGGAGAGGCCGCUGCUGGGAGUCCCCGGCUCCUUCGAGGCCGUGGACCUGCUGAACCGCACCUCUUUGGGGCAGCUGGAGGAGGACCUCCAGGCGGCGCUGCGGCAGCUCAGUGCGGAGCUCCGCCGAAGCUUCUGGGCGCUCUCCGACUGCCACGGCGACACGAAGACGGCUGCAGGAGUGGCCUUGACCAAUGCCCUGCACCUGGGAGAAGGGGGCGGCAUUCUGCCCAUCUCUGCCCGGUUCAACCACAGCUGCGUGCCCAACAUCCAGGGCACUUGGGCGGAUGGCUGCGCGGAAUGGCGGGUCUUACGAGAGGUGGAGGAGGGUGAGGAGCUGUGCUUCUCCUACGUGGAGCCGUACCAGCCGCAGCAGGAGAGGCAGCGGACCCUGGAGCAGCUCUUCCGGUUCCGUUGCAACUGCCCGGCCUGCCGGGCCGGCGAAAGCAGCGACCUGCGACGGCUGCAGCUCAAGGACCUCCUGGAGGCUCUGCAGCUGGCGGCGCUGGCGGAGGAGGUGGGGCAGCUGGCGCGGGACUUGGUGCCGCAGAUGCUGGAGCUGAUCGAUGAAGAGCUGGCUGGCAGUCCAGCGCUGAAGAGCAAGGCCCUCCACUUGGGAUUCUUGCUUGCGCUGGAGGCCGAGGAGGAAGACCUGGCCGCGAGCAUGGCGGGCCAGGCCUGGCAGAACGCGGUGCUCGCCUAUGGCCCCGAAUCGGAUCGCGCCAAGAUGCUGGAAAUGUGCGCGGAAGGUGACUAUCACAGCGCGGACUUCGAGGACGCACUGGAGAUGCAGACCAGCGAUGUGGCCCUCGCGUCCCCGGAGGCGCUGCAGAGCUGGCUGGACGGCUGAUGCGCGCCUGACGCCUUCGCCUUGGAGAUGGUGCGAUUCCAACGGAACUCGGAAGGUCUGAUACUGAGGAAUCCGCGCAGAUUCCCCGCGCCCCAGGACCGCCAGGAGCGAGAAUGGCGCACGGAGAGCAACGGCCUUCGGUGUUUCGGCGGCCGUGCUCUUGGGCAUCGGUGAGCAAGGCUUGUCCCAUUGGCCGGCUGCUUGCGAGAGCUGUGAAAGUUC